AUGGAAGACAUCUUCAAAAACCUUCCCCAACACACUUGUAGCUGGUCUAAAGGAAGGGCGAUCAUGUACAAGUAUCAAGGCUUUUGGAACGAUAGAGAGUUCCAUAAAGGGGCAAUUUUGGCACAACUACACUUCAAGGCUCAACCAAGUGAUGUAUUACUAUGUAGUUGCCCCAAAACUGGUACAACUUGGCUAAAGGCUUUGGCUUUUUCCAUCGUAACACGAAAAAAAUUUGAUGUAUCAACUAGUCCAUUACUCACAACCUUGCCACAUAAUUGCAUUCCUUUCCUAGAGAAACAUUUCAAUCAAAUUUUAAAAAAGCGCGAAAAUCCACUUGUUGGCACACACCUUCCUUACGGUUCAUUGCCAAAAUCAGUCUUUGAUUUAAAAUGUAAGAUUGUAUACAUAUAUCGAAAUAUAAAAGAUGUCAUGGUAUCUCAUUACCAUUACUUGAGAGAGUUGGCAAACUUGUCCAUGGAAGAAGCGCCAUUUGAAGAGGCAUUUAACGAAUUUUGUGAAGGCUUUUCUUAUUAUGGACCAUAUUGGGAUCAUAUAUUGGGAUAUUGGAAAGCAUAUCUUGAAAAUCCAAAAAAUAUACUUUUUAUAAAAUAUGAAGAUUUGAAAAGGGACUCCAUCAACAAUGUAAAGAGGCUUGCGGAGUUCAUUGGGUAUCCUUUUUCCACCGAAGAAAUCAAAGAAGGCAUGGUUGAGAAAAUUAUAAAUUUAUGUAGUUUUGAGAAUCUAAGCAACCUAGAAGUAAACAAAAAUGGAAUGCAUCAUCUAAUAGAUGCUAGCCCGAUAAAAAACCGAUAUUAUUUCAGGAAGGCUAAAGAUGGAGAUUGGAAGAAUUACUUUACACAUGAAAUGAUAGAAAACAUAGACAUGCUAAUAAAUCAAAAACUUAAUGGGACUGGUUUAGUAUUGACGGGACCGAUUUCGAGAAUGUAA